GAUUUUCAUAUACAAUUCGCCUUCAGUUGCGGAUUGAUCGAAUGUGCGCGAUGAUCGUGUUUACUUUACUACUUCUGUUGGUGAUCCCGAAAAUCCAGUCAGAAGAUGUGUUCAGGUUGAUAGGGAAAAGUCACGAAUUGAGCGCGAGCAACGUGCAAUUUGUGAAUGAUGGAAAGACCCUACUGGUGACGAAUCUCGUCUACGAUGGUUUAGGACCAGAUGUCCGUUUCUGGCUUGGCACCGGAGAUGUUCCGGACGUGAAAUCCGGUGUUCUUCUCCUGGAUGAAAACGGUUCGGAUAAUAAGCUGCACCGAUACGAUUCCGAUACCAUAAAAUUGGCCGUCACCGAAGAAGCAUCGAGAUUCGAUCUCUUCGCACUCAUCUGCGUUCUCGAUAACGAAGACAUCGGUCACGUACGGCUUAAGAGAGCCGAUAAAAGCAUUCUGGACGUAGACUCUGUCUUCAGUUUUGAGCCGGUGACGUUGCCCGGUCUCUCCGGUCUCGCCAAAUCGAAGAGCGUUCAAAUCAUGAAACCCAACGUCCUGCUUGUAGAAGAGCUGAGUUACAUUGGAGAUGGCGAGUUUCGGUUCGGAUUCGAACCAUCCAACUUGAACUAUUUGUUGCCCUACGACGGGAAUUUCGGUAAUUUCAGUCGUGAUGAUGUCUGGUUGACCGUGCCGGAUGGGCUCGAGGUUAAGGAUUUCGAUGUGUUUGGUAUUUGGAGCCCGCUUAGGGGCAAUGUCGGUUCAAUUAACUUGCAUUCAAAAGCAUUUGCGGCUCUCUUCGAAUUGGAACCUCUAAGUUCUUUGCAGCACGGAGUUCGAUCGGGUCCCGUCUUCAUCUUAAACGAGACUUCCAUACGCAUAAACAAUCUUUAUUACGAUGGAAUAGGACCGGACGCUCACUUCUGGGUGGGAAAUGGUACUAAAGGUCCCGACAGGCAGGGUAUUCUAGUGGCGGACGAAAAUGGUUCGAUGGGCAACCUCAAUGGAUACAAAGGAAAAGACGUCGUCAUCAAUCUUCCUAAAGGAAUCACGGUCCACGACAUUGAUUACAUAGGGCUAUGGUGCAUCGAGUUCAGUGCAAAUUUCGGAUAUACGAGCAUACCAAAAAGUAUUAAACGAAACAGGCAGAUCGGUUCCAAUUCUAAUUUUGGGAUGUUACCUCCGUUCAGUCAACUGGCACACGGACUGAAAUCAGGUCCGAUAUUAAUCCUGGACGAGAAAACGUUCUUCGUGACGAAUCUUCAUUACGAUGGUAAAGGACCCGAUGCUCAUUUCUGGGUCGGAAACGGAUCUUCCGGUCCUGACCAGAACGGGAUUUUGGUUCCUAACGAGCAUGACUCACGCGACACGUUGAAUAGUUACAACGGCGAAGAUGUUCUGAUCCGUCUUCCCGAAGGUAUCACAGUCAAGAAUAUCGAUUACUUCGGUGUAUGGUGUAUCGAAUAUAAACAUAAUUUCGGUUACACCAACUUAAUCAAUGUUGAUCAAAUCACGCCAAAGAAAAUGUUCCUAGAAAGUGAAUCCGGGAAAAGAGUGGCGAUAAUGCAGAGAUGCUGCCAAGAGGGUUACGUGAAGAGCCCCAAAGGUUGCGUUUUCAAUAACGUCGAUCCCCAAAUGCCCGAUUACCAUGAAGGUAACAAUACAAUCUUCGACGACGAAGCAAUUCCGCAUGUAAUGUACAGAUCGUACACGUAUCAGCCAAAAUGCCCGAGCGGAAUGUAUUAUUUGGAUCCUCUGAGCGAAGAAUUCCGGCUGCUCACGAGCGGUGAACUAUUGGUAGAAGAUCAGCUAUAUAAAAAGGAUAAGUAUUGUUUCGAUCCGCUCGAGUUCUCCGAUCAAGAAACCGGCGAACCGCGUUGGAUAAUGACAGCAUUUCUGUGUUUUCCCGAAGAGAACAAGCCCAAAUUUGUAGCUAUCCUCAUUGCAAGUUGCAUCUACGUAUCUGCUUUCUUCUUAAUUAUCACCAGCGGAAUCUUCAUCUUCAUCAAAGACGCCAGAGACGUGCGAGGUUUGAACGUCGUGGGUUACAGCAUAACCAUGGCUCUAUCCUUCAUAUGUCUUUCCACCGCCAAACUAAUUGAUAUGAACGAUAAAUUUUGCUCGGGAGUUGGUUACGUCUACCAAAUCUGCCUGGUGUCUGCUUUCUCUUGGCUCUGCUGUUUGAUCGUGGAAACUUAUUACCAAGUUGUAAACUACAAUAAUCAUCACUGGAAGUGGCGUACCCUAAUCAACGGUAUAAUUGCGGUCGGUAUUCCCAUUCUGUUUCUCCUUCUCUCGUUGGUAAUAAACGAUAUAGUGCCUUCCAAAUUCUCCAACCCCAAAUACAGUGUAGAUUCCUGCUGGUUUAGGUCUGAUAAAAAGGUCGUUUUCUAUUAUCUUCCUAUUGUCUUAUCAAUACUCUUUGGGAUAAUAUUCACCGGGUUGACGUAUUACAAAAUCAGGAAAAUUGAAAACAAUAGACCGCACCCUUCGUGGACUUCGGUAGGAAACGGCAUCAAAAAUGUGUUCCGGUCAUGUUAUCUACUCUUGGCAGUAAUGACCGCAUGCUGGAUCGCCGAAGUGAUUUCGUACUUUUACGAUACUGGUGCCGGCAUCUGGAUCGCACUCGAUGUCAUUCAGUCCCUGCAAGGUCUGUUCGUCUUCAUCAUCUUUAUACUGCACAAUCCGGUCGUUGGAAUACUGAAGGUCCGGUGGAAUCAGUUGAUAGGAAAAAGUCCAAUUAAGGAAACCUACUCGCCCAGCGAAAUGACCCAUCUGAAUCCAUAGUGAGAAUGCGAUCUUCGCGUGCCAUAUUAAUAUAUUAAUUUUGUA